GUCAGAAUCUUGACAGUCAUCCCGCAGUGUAUGAGUUAAAAAUCUUCCAGUCUCAAUUUGGUUGUUUAAGCGUGAGUUAUAGGUGAAAUUGUGUUUCAGGAUGGAUAGUAAGUUCCCUCUUCAUGCCCUGGUGCCAAAAAGUGAAACAGGAGCGUCGAAUUUCCUCGCCAAGUAUCCAGAAUUCGAUGGGAAAGAUGUUACGAUUGCAAUUUUUGAUUCAGGAGUCGAUAGCCGGAGUUCUGGCCUUCAGAUGACUCCGGGGAAAGAGGUGAAGGUGAUUGAGAGAUUCGACUGCAGUGGAACAGGUGAUGUGGACAUGACAAAGAAAGUAACAGCCCAGGCAGGAGUCAUUGUUGGUCUCUCAGGGCGAAGUCUCAAGGUGUCGCAGCUCAUGAAGAAGGCCAAUGUCAAUGGCGAAGAAUUCCGGGUUGGACUCAAGAGUCUCUAUGAUCUCUAUCCCACCAAAAUACGCGAGAAGAUUAUAGCUGAGAACAAGAUCAAGCACUGGGAUGAACCCCAUAAGAAAUCCGUUGCAGAUGUCUCGAGGAAAUUGGAGGAAUUUGACUUGAGUCAUCCCUCGGCCACCAAUAAUCCCCUUCCCUACCGGGAGAAGCUGAAGAAGGACAAUCUGGACGCUUCGCUGGAGAUGCUGAAUUUCUGUGAGAAGAAAUUCACAGAAUUCAAAACCACGUACGAUUGCGUCCUCCUGGCCACAGAUAAAGGAUGGAUGGCUGUCAUUGAUACAACGGAAACGGGCGAUCUCGAAAAUGCCAUUCAUAUCAGGGAAUACAGCGGAAACUACGAUAUCCAAGUCAUUAACGAUUAUCUAUCGAUCUCUGUGAAUGUUCACAAUGCCGGAGAUACGCUGGAAAUUGUGGGAAUGUGCUCAAGUCACGGAACGCACGUAUCUGCAAUUGCUUGUGGCUAUCAGUCUGAGAACAGGGAUCUCGAUGGGGUGGCUCCGGGCGCUAAAGUGGUGUCCCUGACCAUUGGGGAUGGACGCCUGGGGUCCAUGGAAACGGGUACAGCAGUUGUGCGUGCCAUAAUUAAAGUAAUGGAAUUGUGCAAUGCAGGACGAAAGAUUGAUGUGAUCAACAUGAGUUACGGCGAACAUGCCCAUUGGUCCAAUUCUGGGCGCAUUGGGGAGCUCAUGAGUGAAGUGGUGAAUAAGUAUGGGGUGAUCUGGGUGGCUUCAGCGGGCAAUCAUGGGCCAGCUCUGUGCACAAUUGGAACGCCUCCGGAUGUCUGUCAGCCCUGUUGCGUUGGCGUUGGAGCCUACGUGUCUCCCGAGAUGAUGGAGGCUGAAUAUGUUCUGAGGGCAAAGUAUGGGGAUGUUUACACCUGGACAUCACGUGAUCCCUGCAUCGAUGGUGGAGCUGGAGUUACAAUUUCUGCUCCAGGUGCUGCCAUAACUUCCGUCCCGGAAUUUGCUCUGACUCGUGCUCAGUUGAUGAAUGGCACGAGUAUGGCAGCUCCACAUGUCUCCGGGGCAAUUGCUCUGCUCAUUAGUGGUCUGAAGCAGAGGAAAAUCCCCUAUUCUCCAUACAGCAUCAAGAGAGCCCUCACAAAUACUGCCACAAACCUCAAAACUGUCGAUCCAUUUGCCCAAGGGAGUGGACUGCUCAAUGUUGAACGGGCCUUUGAGCAUCUUCUGGCCAAUGCCAAAGAGCCAGAAGCCAGUGUAAGGUUCAAUAUCACUGUGUCCAAUUGCAAUGCCAAGGGCAUUCAUAUCCGCCAUGGAGUUUUGAGUAAACCCGAAGAGUUUUCAGUCAAUAUCGAACCGGUUUUCUUCAAUGACAAAGAAACUGCUCCAAAGGACAAGAUUGCAUUCAAUGUGAGACUGAUCCUGACGACUGGUGAUGAAUGGGUGCAAUGUGGAAAGUUCUUGGAUCUCUGCUACUCUGCAAGAUCCUUCUUCGUUCGCAUUGAUCCGACUGGUUUGCGUCCGGGAGUUCAUCGAUCAAGCAUAAGAGCCUUUGAUUCGAAGAAUGUGGAAAAGGGUCCAGUGUUUGAGGUACCAAUUACAGUUGUUCAGCCGAUUGUUGUUGGUGCAGAUCAGAUGUUUGUGCAUCGUCUCCCAGAACAAACUUACAUGCCCAACACAAUUGUUCGUCAAUUCAUUUAUGUGCCCAAAUAUGCCACUUGGGCUGUACUGAAACUCAAGGCUGAGGAUGCAAAUGGGGGUAAAUUUCUUGUCCAUACAAUGCAAGUUCUCCCGGCAAAAUACUGCAAGGCACUGGAGACACAGAAAAUCAUCUCAGUGUCCAAUGAAUGCGACACGUUGUUGCCAUUCAAGUGCGAGGGUGACAAUAUUCUUGAGGUUUGCAUUGCCAAGUACUGGUCUAAUUUGGGUCAGACAUCCAUCACGGGUUCUGUUGAAUUCCAUGGCAUUUAUUCCGGCAAUGGAAAUACAAUGCAUGCAGCAAAUGGGAUUCAUCGGAUUGAUAUGAGAGCAUUGAGAACAGAAGAAGUUCUACCGUCAAUUUCGCUCAAAAAUGCUGUUGUUGUGCUAAGACCGACUGAAUCGUCAAUUACACCGCUAACAAAUCGUGAUGUAUUGCCACCAAGUCGACAAAUCUACCAGAAUGUCCUCACGUAUAGUCUCAAUCUGACGAAGCAUCAAGAAUUCUCUCUCCAUGCACCGCUUUUCAGUAGUGUCCUGUACGAAUCGGAAUUUGAGUCACAGUUUUGGAUGAUUUUCGACAAGAACUGCAUGAUGGUGGGAUCCGGCGAUGCGUAUUCCAAUGGGAACUUUAUCAAGUUGGAAAAAGGAGAGUACACCAUACGACUCCAGGUUCGUCAUGAGAAGAAGGAGUUGCUAGAGAAAGUUUCUGAAGCCACAGUUAUUGCUACAUUUAAGCUCCAAUCACCCAUUUCUUUAGACGUCUAUCGGAGUUUUAGUGCAGCCACGACAGGUGGAAAGAAAAUUGCGGCUUUUCAGUUGAAUAGCAAGGCUCCAAAGCCCAUUUAUGUCACUCCGUUGUCCAAUGAGAAAGUCACAAAGGCGGGCUUUCCCAGUCAAUGUUCCUGGUUAGAUGGGACAGUGACGUAUGCCAAGGAUGAACUUGGCAGGAAGGUGGAUACUGUACCCUUCCAAUACAUUUUGAUUGAGGGUCCGUCGGCUAAGAAGCCGAAUGGCUGUGCCAAGGAGAACAAGAGCAAGCUAGAGGAGUACAAGGAGGGUCUGCGUGACUAUCAGAAUGGGAUGAUUCCCAAAUUGGAUUUGGCUGAUGCUGAAGAGAUUUAUCAGGAGUUGAUUGUGAGCAAUCCCAAAUUUUUGGCUGCUCAUAUUUCGCUGAUACAGAAUCUCGAGACGGCUGAGCCAAAGACUCUUAUGCCACAUGCGUAUGUGGCAACUGUGGAGAAGAUGGAGGACAAGAAAGGUCUCAAGACAACCCUCAAUCGUAUCAUUGACUUGGCCGAUCUGGUUAUCAGGGAGUCGGAUGUUGAGGGUUUGUUGAGUUACUACGGGAUUAAGACGGAUACACGGCCGGAUGCGGCAAAGAUUAAGGCCAACAUGGACAAACAGAAGAGUGUCCUGUUGGAGGCAUAUGGCAAGAAGAUCAUUGCAAUGGGAAAGUUACAUGUAGUAAUGGCAAAUGCUGAAGAAGUUGAAGAACUUCUCAAUGAAAUUGACGAGGUAUUUACGGGUAUUGGUAAGUUUACGGACAUCAAUGACGUGAAGUACCUGCCAGUGGGAGUGUGGCAUGCAUUUCUGCACAAACACUUUGGACGCAUGAGUAAGUAUCUGCACAAAUUGUAUGAGGAGAAGCAGCAGAGGGAGAUACUAGAGGAGCAGCGUCGGGUGUUCCGGGAGCUCAAUUGGUGUCAUGUGGAAAAAGUCAUGGACAGAAUUAUUGUCAAUGCCAAUCCACAAACUUAUAGACUGUUCUGAGAAGGCAUUUAUCUUUAAAAUUUUUCUAUUGACAGUUCUUUUUUUUAAUUUCGGAUAAUUUUAUGAUAUUUCUUCGCAGUUUUAGCUGAGUUUCUGAUCUUUGAUCGCGAUGGUGUAUUAAAAAAAAAUUCUCUAAAAUCAUUUAGUGAAAAAAAAAAAUACAAAAAAUACUUUUCUAAAUGAAUAAAGUAUAUUCAGAAGG